GUCAGACAUCUCGGAUCUGUCCUCCUCCCUAGUUUAAAUAGUGACACACAGUGAGCAGCAGUCACAUCUUCACCAGGAGCCUGUUGAGCACAUCCACAACCGGAGCAGAGAUUCAAACUACCACCCGUCACUCAGACUAACAACAAGAACAUCUAAAGACAUGGACAACAGACCGCUGCUCUUCAUCCUGUGGGUGGCGCUGUCCUGCACGUUCACCACCUCCUCUGCCAAUACAUCAGCUGCACCCACUGCAACCACCAACAACGUGACAUCACCGAUGACACACACCGUGACAUCACCGAUGACACACACCGUGACAUCACCGAUGACACACACCGUGACAUCACCGAUGACACACAACGUGACAUCACCGAUGACACACACCGUGACAUCACCGAUGACACACAACGUGACAUCACCGAUGACACACACCGUGACAUCACCGAUGACACACAACGUGACAUCAGCGAUGACACACAACGUGACAUCAGCGAUGACACACACCGUGACAUCACCGAUGACACACAACGUGACAUCACAGACGACACACACCGUGACAUCCCCGACGACACACAACAUGACAUCACCGACGACACACAACAUGACAUCACCGACGACACACAACAUGACAUCAGCUCCCCAACUGACUGUUAACACCACAGUGGAAACUCUUGAUACUCCUGUUUCUAAUACGGGAUGUGGGACCGAGCAGCUCUGCGCCUCCGAGCCGUCCAACUGCGACCCGUCCACAGGAGCGUCUUGUUUCUUUUUUUCUGCCAAACAGCAGCCGGGCAGUCAGAACCUUGAGUUUUCCCUCUCAGGAGAGUCCGAAGGCUACAUCGCUGCCACCUUGUCACCUGACGCCACAUUGGGAGAUAACGACCCAACCUACAUCUGUGCAAACAACAACAGUUUUGUUCAAUUCUUCAGCACCGUCCUGGUCAAUGGCUCGCUGACCCAGACAGAGCUGAGCGUGAACUCUGUGAAGGGAAAGGUCAACGGAAAGAAGAUCCAGUGCACGUUUACCGCCACUGUUCCAAACUCAGCAACUAGACGACCUAGAGGAGCACCAACGGAUGCAGCAAUCUUAAUCUCCACUGGAGCUUUCAACAACAAUUCUGGGACUCUGGGAUCCCCGACCGCUAAAUUUAGCAGCGACGUUGUAAACCUGUCAAAUCCCAACACCACCGUCACCAAUCAGCUUUCCACCAACACCACCAGCUCCCCCACUACGGCUCACGCCAUCACGUUCCAGCAAACCCUGAUGCAGGUUCUGCUGAUCUCUGUGGGCGCGCUCAGUCUGGCCCUGGUUUGAGGAAAACCAAACCUCCACGCUUCAAGAAAAGAAAUCCCCAACUUUCCUUUCCAUUUACUGUAUAUAUGCUACUUAAUAUUCAUCUAAAACAAGACACUGUACAUUCCAGAUGAUUAGGAUCAUGAAGAAUUGUAUAUCUACUCACUUCAAGUGAAUGUAGGCUGGAUUGUGGGAGGUCACGUCUGUUGUAGAAGCUGACCUUCACCUACAGAGGUCUCACUCCCCGACAACCUCCGGAGGCGUCACACUCACCCGUUUCUCAGGAACAAUGUUGUUCUCUACGUCUGUCACACACAAUGAAGCCAGAAGGUGGCAGAUGUGUGCUGUUAGUCUCUUUACUUGUAAAUGUCUGUACUGUACAUGAUUAAAUCAUGUUUUUAAAAUGAAGCAGAAUGAAAAUGAAUGUCUGUGUGUGUGCGUGCGCACAAAGGCACAUGCAAAUGAGCCGUUGCAGAUAAAGAACACUACAUAUGAUAAAAAAUAUUGUUAAUUAUUUUUUUAGCAUAUUGCAUUAUGUAACGAAGGAGUUUAUUUUUCAAAUAAACAUUAAAUUUUAA